AUGGUUCAGGUUGAGAACGAGUAUGGAAGCUUCGGCUCUAACCAUCAGUAUAUCGCGGCUCUUCGCGACAUUCUCAAGUCUCUCUUCGACGUUCCCCUGUAUACCAACGAUGGUGGAGUUGAAUUUAGACUGGAUGGCGGCUCAAUCCCUGGUGUUCUCGCUGAGAUUGACGGUGAUCCAUCAUCCGGUUUCAAGGCUCGAGGUCUGUACAUCACCGACCCAAGCGAACUCGGAUCAUUGCUCGAUGGAGAGUACUACACUUAUGCUCCUGAUCAAUGGGGUUCCUACAACUCGCACAAUAGCACGCAGCGUGACCCGCAAGCAGUAACGCAAUUCGUCAAGGGUAUUGACUAUGUGCUCGGCAAUGAGACGGCAUCCAUCAGCUUCUACAUGGUUCAUGGAGGUACAAAUUUCGGAUUCAGUAAUGGUGCGUUGUGGCAGAAUCGGACAACGGUCUUCACCACCAGCUACGAUUGCUAG